GUGGGCCCUAUGGUCCCAUCCCCAUGUCCCUAUCAUCGAGCACCUUUGCGCAAUUUGCCCCUAUCCGGAGGUCACCACUGCCUUCAACGCAUUCGCUUGCUGCAUUAACCAACAAUAAUCAUCUCAACAACAAUUCGCUGGUCAGUUCUUCGCUUGAGCCAGUGAUAGAAACCACACCGCUCACAAACGGAGGACCGAAGCUAAAAAAGGCCACUGUACCCGUACCAGAUCCGCGUCGACCAAUAUUCAGAGAGCAGCCCGUACCUCGCGUGCUACCUGCCAAUAGCGAAUACAUCCGAACUCCACUAGAAAAAGCUCGUCAUCUCGACAAUCUUCCGUCGUAUCAGGCACAGAAACUUCUGGACGGGUCACAUCAACUACGAAUAGACACGCAUCACGUUGGAGCUCCGGGCCACGGCGCUGGCCACGGUCAUAAGAAGGAGUUUGGUCCUGCGAUGAUUCUCUACUAUCUAGCAUCUGCAUUUAGAGCUCUAUAUCCACGAUUAGACGACGAUUUUGUCGACAAGCUCAAUUACUAUUAUACUACCACAAUCUUAGCCUCCUUUGCACUACUUGUUUCGGCGAAACAGUAUGUCGGUUUCCCAAUCCAAUGUUGGGUUCCUGCAACAUUCACCGAUGCGAUGGAGCAGUAUACGGAGAAUUAUUGUUGGGUACAGAAUACCUACUGGGUCCCAAUGCAGGAGGAUAUUCCCCGCGAAAUCUACUCACGUCGCAAUCGACAAAUUGGUUAUUAUCAAUGGGUGCCUUUCAUACUGGCAAUAGAGGCACUUCUUUUUUACGUGCCGUGUAUACUUUGGAGAGGACUUCUUUACUGGCAUAGCGGAAUAAACUUACAAGGCCUUGUUCAAAUGGCUUGUGAUGCUCGUUUGAUGGAUUCAGAAGUUAAGACGAGAACAGUCUACACUAUGGCACGACAUAUGCAGGAUGAAGUGCAGUUGACGAACAUCGACCGAACUGGACACUCGCGGACGUGCUUCACCCAUAUGCAAGUGGGAGCAAACUGUGGGCGGCAUUGCGGUUGUUACGUCACUAUGCUCUACAUUGGUAUAAAAAUCCUAUACUCGGCCAAUGUUCUUCUGCAGUUUUUUCUUCUAAAUCAUUUGCUCGGCUCGAAUGACCUAGCUUAUGGCUUCUCAUUACUGAAGGACCUUAUGCAUGAAAUCGAAUGGGAACAGACAGGGAUGUUCCCGCGCGUAACGCUGUGCGAUUUUGAGGUCCGCGUGCUGGGAAACAUCCAUCGGCAUACUGUUCAAUGCGUGCUCAUGAUUAACAUGUUUAAUGAGAAAAUAUUUCUGUUCUUAUGGUUUUGGUUCCUCACCGUUGGUGUAAUCACUGUAUUCAACACUUGCUAUUGGAUAUUGAUAAUGUUUAUUCCUAGUCAGGGUAUGUCGUUUGUUCGGAAAUACUUGCGUGUACUUGCUGACCAUCCAGCUAAGCCUAUCGCCGACGACGUCACUCUGCGGAAGUUCACCAACAACUUUCUGCGGAAAGACGGUGUCUUCAUGCUGCGAAUGAUCUCAACCCAUGCUGGCGAAUUGAUGAGUAGUGAACUGAUUCUGGCGCUUUGGCAAGAUUUCAACAACGUGGACCGGUCACCAACGCAGUUUUGGGACGCCGAACAUGGUCAAGGCACCCUUGAUUGAAGUCGUCUUGUACUUUCCCUUUUCAUGUGCAGAGAUCUCUAGGUAUUUCUGGGUCAUCGGACUUGUGAAUCUCUUGUGUAAUCCAUAGGUACAUGUACUACGCCAUCUUUGUACAGACGUUCUUUUCCGAACUGCCCAUUUUGACUGUAAUUGGGUGCUGUACGACGACGAUGCCAAAAAUGAGUUGCUUUCUCCCACACGCUUGCCGGUCCCAUGCAUACUUUUAUAUCUUGCAGUCAUGCCUCAAUACGGUACUUGCCAUUUACAGUGAAUCUCUUUGUAAACAGAGCUUUGGUGACAUCAAAUGUGAUCAUCAUUUCUGUUGACUACGUGUUAUUUUAUCUAGAUCGUUAAGACCAUUGAGUUAGUUACUAUCCCCAUGUUCUCGGCGGUGUGUGCAAAGUAUGUUUUACCUCGAUGGUUCGAAUACAGCUCGCUCCUGCCAUCAUAAUUCUUACUCACGGAGUACAUUGUUCAGUUCUUUGCAGUGCUGGCUUACAGUGUCAUAAAAACCUCUUUGCCUCCUUAAUUUUCUUUCAUGAGACGAAGUAGGCUUGGAGUAGAUCCCCUCUUGAAACAUUGCGUCAAAUCGUUGAUGGUCUUGUGGCUCUUUGUGAUGAAUGUCAAUAUUUUCAUAUGAGGAAGUGCUUUAUCAGAAUGAAUAAUUUUCUAGCCGAG